AUGGAGGAGGAGCAGCAGGAGCAGCAGGAGCAGCAGGAGCAGGAGCACGAGCACGAGCACGAGCACGAGCACGAGCACGAGCACGAGCACGAGCACGAGCACGAGCACGAGCACGAGCACGAGCACGAGCACGAGCACGAGCACGAGCACGAGCACGAGCACGAGCACGAGCACGAGCACGAGCACGAGCACGAGCACGAGCACGAGCACGAGCACGAGCACGAGCACGAGCACGAGCACGAGCACGAGCACGAGCACGAGCACGAGCACGAGCACGAGCACAAGCACGAGCACGAGCACGAGCACGAGCACAAGCACGAGCACGAGCAGGAGCACGAGCACGAGCACAAGCACGAGCACGAGCAGGAGCAGGAGCAGGUGCAGGUGCAGGUGCAGCAGCAGGCGCAGGAGCUACCAGGCGGCGAGUCCUUCUGCGUGAUCUGCCUGGGGACAGAACGCGACAUGAGGUAUGAGGUGAGCUUGACCUGCCGUCACACGCUCCAUGCCUCUUGCUUCAAGAGGCUGCUGGAGCACGUCCUCGAUGACGAGCAAGAGUCCCUUGUGCCCCCUAAGUGCCCUCAUCCCGGAUGCAAGACAAUAGUCGGCUAUGACACCCAAGCUCUGCUCCUCAUCUACGCAGACGAUGAGCAAGCGCAGCGCCUGCUCAAGGUUUACGACAGCAAGAAGAGCAAGUACGACGCUUGGAAGAUGGGUUACCUGCCUUGCUCCACCCCUUGCUGUGAGGCCGUCUCGAGGCUGGUGUGUGUUGGCACGGCAGCGAGCCAGGCCACGGUCAACGUUAUUCCCUCCCACAUUCUCGUCGACUGCGAGCAGCGAGUGCUGAGUGAGGAGGGGCUCCGAGCUCUCGACGAACUGUACGAUGCAGCCGAUGAUCAGCACAGGAGGAUGCGGCUGCGCGACCCGCCCGUAGAGCUCAGACCGUACCCUCGCCAGCAGCCUGCAGCCCGCGACCCUCGCCCGUCCUCACUUGAAGGCAGUCUGACCCAUCAUGCCCCGGUAGACAUGAGGACGAUGGGCACCGAGGUGCAAGCGUCCGAGCAGCUAGCCAUAGGCGCUCAGGCCCAGCUGGAUCUCCGCCUACAAGCACGACGACUUCGGAGGGGUCUGCACUGGGGAGGUCGACGUCUCGACGGCCAAGAAGGCCAUCACGGCCAAGACGACGACGACGAGCUCGAUGAUUACCUGCGCUGGAGGAUGCGGAGACUCGAGGAUCUAGGCGGCCACCCGGACGACGAGCUCCAACAGGUCAUACAAUGCAUGCAACACCAGCUCAGCACCGUCACGAGGAGGGAAGAGAUGGAGAUCUCCGCUAUCUCCCGCCAGCUCCACACUGGUCCUGUCGACAAGGUCGCCGUCGAGCUGCUGGAGGCACGGCUGCGCAUCAUCCAGCAGAAGCUUCAGCUGCUCGAGAGCACGCGACAAACGCUCCAAGGCACGAUCCGCGACCCGGCACCGGAGGCGACCCCCACGCUGAGCCUUGGAGACAUUCACAAGAUGUGCGACAGAGCUUUGCAUCCCUCCUUGAAGUCGAGGAUAAGCAGGAUCGCCAGCGGCGAGGAGCGCGAGGAGGCCGGAGCAGACCCUACAAGCGACCAGGAGCAGAUCGCAAGGACCACCAAGCCCUGCCUCAACUGCGGGUAUCGCAUCCUCAAGACGGGAGGAUGCGACCACAUGACGUGCGGGAAGUGCCGGCACGAGUUCUGCUGGAGGUGCCUCAGACCAUCCAGCCACCACUCCUACAGCAGCUGUCGGGGGGAGCCAGACCUGCUGUCGUUCUCUCAGGAGCUGCAGCCUGCCAUCAAGGACGUCAUCGACAAGUACCGCGGGGCCGAGUCGCCUAUGGAGAGCAGCCUAGUCGAGUACACGCACAGGCACUUGGCACCCGGCAAGCCUAUAGACGAGAAUAAGAAGAGGGCGGACUCGCAGCGGCUGUCCGAGAUGCUGGAACACAGGCUUUCUAUGCCCAGACGCCUCGUCUACCGCGAGGUCAGACGCACAGCGGAGAUGAGAAGACUGCAGGACAUGCAGCUGGAGGUUGAGCAAGAGAGGAUCGCCUGCUCGUUUGUGCUCCGUCAAGUCCGUGACAGCGGUCGCAGCCCCAUCAGCAAGGAUGCAGCCCUCCGAGUCUGCUUGGACCCCUACAGGCAGUACCUCAAGUACCGGGCCGCCAAGCGCAGCCUCUUGGACGCGCAGGAGGAGCUGAGGAGGACAGUUACCCGCCAAGCCCCGCUUGACUUCGUCGAGGGUCAGCGCCACGUGGUCGACUGCCAGUGCCACGUCAUCGACGUGGAUCUUGCUCGCCUGGAGUUGCAGAAGCAAGCUUGCGCCCUCAUGGGCAUCGACGUGCCUCCCUGGCUCCUGUCAUGCUCCGAGCGGCUAUCAGAUGCCAAGGAGCAGCAGCCCCAAGACAUCAGUGAGGCUAUCUGCACCAGGACCUUUCUGGACGCUCAUCGAGACUUCAUGCUAUCGAGGAUGAGCCAAAGAGUACAGCCGACAGGCACAGAGUGA